GCGCUUCAGCAGGGCUUCAGUUCCCGGCGGCCCUCGCGGCAGGUUCCGGGCGUAAAGGCGCUUCGCGAUGGCGGGGGCUGGUUCUGCCGCUGUGUCCGGGGCAGGGACCCCGGUGGCGGGGCCUGCAGGCCGAGAUAUCUUCGCCGAGGGGCUCCUCGAGUUCCUGCGACCGGCUGUGCAGCAGCUCGACUCUCACGUCCACGCCGUCAGAGAGAGCCAGGUAGAGCUCCGGGAACAAAUUGACAACCUAGCUACCGAACUGUGCCGUAUCAAUGAGGAUCAGAAAGUGGCCCUGGAUCUUGACCCCUAUGUGAAGAAGCUACUUAAUGCCCGGCGACGAGUUGUCUUGGUUAACAACAUUCUACAGAAUGCCCAGGAGAAUUCAAGAGUGGGGCACAACAGACCAUUCCAGAGCUGUCCAAUACCUGCUGUUCCAGAGUCAUGACUGUGUGUACUCUGAAGUUGCCACUCUCACAGGGGUCAGUGAUACCCACUGACCCUGGAAGGAAGAGUCCUGCAGCCAGAAUCUGCAAGCAACGCCUGAAACACACGGAGGUGUUAAAAGAACACACAAGACAGCUUACAUCCAGCCCCAAACCCAAAAAAGCAGCUAUACCUGUAUGCCACAUUUAGGGCCAAAGGCUGUCUGGUAGGGUUGUUCAUCACAGCAUAGUGCCCCUGUAAAAUAAUAGAUCUGGUGGGUGUGCCAUAAAAGUGUCAAUUCUAUCUUCAAACUAAAACUUUAAACCAUCAUGAGGAAAACUGGUUAUUAAGGUCUAGCAAAAAUCUUCAGGUUCAGAAGCAACUCUGAAAUGACUGCUCAUUCAGUAAUUUCUCUCCAUUAAUAACAUUAAUGAAAUUACAGCAGUAAUGAAAAAGACCAAGGAGCAGUAAUAACUACUCAAUUGAAUACAGUCAUGCGCCACAUAACGACAUUUUGAUCAGCCACAGACAGCAUAUACGACAGUGGUCCCGUAAGAUUAGUACCAUAUAGCCUAGGUGUAUAGUAGGCUGUACCAUCUAGGUUUGUCUAAGUACACUGUAUGACGUUCACACAACUACAAAAUUGCCUAACGACACAUUUCUCAGAACAUAUCCCCGUCGUUAAGUGACCCGUGACUGUACUCCAAAAACCCAAUGAAGUAAUGAAUCUUUAUUGGAUUACUUGUCCACCAAUGAGAUUUCUUUUAAGCUGCACCAAAUUACAGAUUCUGGUAGGUUUCAGAGUAACUAACUACUAUUAAAUAGGGAUGAACAGGAACUCCAACUGCCCCUCUUUACUUACAAGUAGGUCGAGGAUCCAGGGUGUGAGGGGCUCAAAGCCAGGAAAACGAAUCCUCAGGUCCUUCAGCAGUCUGAUGAGAACCUUAACUCUGAAGGUAAGAGAGACUCAGGGAUUAAAAGUAAUAAGAUCAUGGACUCUCACACUUGAAGUAAAGAGCUGAAGCUAUUUCCAGAACUUCACAUCCUCUUCUUUCUCUCAAUCCAAGUUUGCUUAUUUAAGGUAAAAAUCAAAAUCCAGACAGAAGAUCAUAGCUGAAAAAGUUCUGUCAGACGAAGUAUGGGGUAUCCUGCUAUUCACUGUAGAGGGUUAGGUUAUCUUAAAUAGUGAGGGAGGGACUUACGUGGACUGAGAAGCAUUUUCCUCAAACCAGCGGGCAUGACGGAUGGCUGCUAAGGCACUCUGCAACACCUUGAUAUCCACUAGAAGACAAGCAUGACAGGACAAGAUGAAACGUUCCUAUUAGUAAGCAAGCAAUUCAAUCCCAUUGCCAUAGUCCAAGAACUUGGAAAGAGGACAGGUUAACUUAGUAAUUCCUUAAACUAUCCCAUGUUCCUCAGAUCAGUUAGUUACUUGUCCCCAAAUCACUAUUCCUCCCCCAAACCAAAUCUGGAAGCAUGCGAGAGCCAUGAUUUUCUCUCAAAGCAUACCCCCUCCAUAAAUAUUUCCUCAGUCCUUUUUCUUAAGCCCUCAUACUGCUUUCCUGGCCAUCCUGUCUGACAGUCACUAGCAAGGUGGUAAAACUAUCUCCAAAUUACAGAGGGAGACAGCAAAGUCUGGAGGUAAACAUAGGUCCCAGAGGUUUCAUGUGGAACAGCAAUAAGCUAAGUAAAUGCAACAGUAACUUUAUGCCAUGUUUUCACUUUCCCCUAAACUUCCCAGCAAUGGAAAAAAAAAGACUAACAGUGGAGUUCUGGAUCCAGUUUUCGGAGAUUGGGUGGCACUGUUGUAAUGAGAAUCUUCACUGUAGCAUCAGAAGA